CCUGCUGCUUAGAACUCCUCUUCUAAUCUCCACUACCCCAGUGACUGUGCCUGCCCUCACUGGAUUAGCACCACAUCCCUCUCAAGCCUCUUGGUUGGUGUCUUUCUCCUCAGAGGUGGUGAUACCCUGGCUUCACUGUGAGUGUAUGAGUGAUCAAGAAGGGGAGUUCAUUUAUUCAAGAAGCGUUUGCUGAGUGGCCACUGCAGACCAGCUUCCUGCCCCUGCCAAGCACUUAGCGUUGCACCAUGACACUGACUGCCCACCUCUCCUGCUUUCUGGCCCUGUGGAUGGUAGGCCAAGGCCUCAACAACUCCCUCUACACCCAGGAUUCAGGUCCCCGACCAAUGGAGCUGAUAGAAAUCUUCAAGCUGUUCCAGGUCCAGUUCAACCGGAGUUACUCAAGCCCGGCAGAAUAUGCUCGCCGCCUGGACAUCUUUGCCCACAACCUAGCCCAGGCUCAGCGGCUUCAAGAGGAAGACUUGGGCACAGCAGAGUUUGGGAUGACCCCAUUCAGUGACCUCACAGAGGAGGAGUUUGGUCAGCUGUAUGGGCAUCAGAAGAUACCUGAAAGGUACCCCACUGUGGGAAAAAAGGUAGAGUCUGAAAAGUGGGGGGAAUCAGUGCCCCCCACCUGUGACUGGCGCAAGGCAACUGACAUCAUCUCGCCUAUCAAGGACCAGGAAAAGUGCAAUUGCUGCUGGGCCAUAGCUGCAGCCGACAACAUCGAGGCGCUGUGGCGCAUCAGAUACCGCCAGAUUGUGGACGUCUCUGUGCAGGAGCUGCUGGACUGUGAUCGCUGUGGGAAUGGCUGCACUGGCGGCUUUGUGUGGGAUGCAUAUAUAACUGUCCUCAACAACAGCGGCCUCGCUAGCGAAAAGGAUUACCCAUUCCAGAGGCAUGCCAAACCCCACAGGUGCCUGGCUAAAAAGUACAAGAAGGUGGCCUGGAUCCAGGAUUUCAUCAUGUUGUCCAGUAAUGAGCAGGUAAUUGCUGGGUAUCUGGCUGCCCAUGGUCCAAUCACCGUGACAAUCAACAUGGAGCUACUACAGCAUUACCAAAAGGGUGUGAUCAAGGCCACACCCAGCACCUGUGACCCCAGAUAUGUGAACCAUUCUGUCUUGCUGGUGGGUUUUGGCAAGAGCAAGACAGAGGAGGGCAUGCAGGCAGAGAUGACUUCAUCCCAGUCUCGUAAACCUCGCCACCCCACCCCAUACUGGAUCCUGAAGAACUCCUGGGGAGCCCACUGGGGUGAGAAGGGCUACUUCAGGCUACACCGGGGGAACAAUACCUGUGGCAUCACCAAGUACCCAUUCACAGCUCGAGUGGGCCAACCAGUUAAGAAGCUGCCAGUCUCUUGCCCACCUUGAGGGCAGCAGCUCCUCCUCAACUUCUCCUAUGUGGCAGCUGCCUUCCUUGCCAGCCCUACCCUGAGGUUCUGCCUGCCCUCCCCAUCUUCUCCAUAUGGUUUAAAUAAACUAAGACAUGA